AUGAUCAACUCAACCAUAUCAAAAGAUUUAAUCAACCGCUUAAAACCUCAGCUUGGUGUUCUCUGUAAUCAAGCAGAUCCUCGAAACUUUAAAGAUGUGGAAGUCAUUGCGCUCAAGAAUGGAAGCAUUAUUGCUGAGAGCGUGGCUCAGUACAACUAUCCUAACAACAACUCGGAAAUUAUGUUCCUGAAUAAGGGUCUGAAGCACACAUUAGAGGCAAUUUUUAGCGACACAGAAAAUAUAAGAAAUCUGAAUCAAACCGUUGGACCUAUCGCCAUUCAGGAUACCAAUAUUAUUCUGCAAGCAUCAAACAUAAAGAACAUUUCAAAUUUGAAGCCAUUCAUGUCUUGCGACCUGGAUUUUUCCAACUACACCCUGGAGAUAAUCAACGGGGUCUGGCAGUGUUCAGGCUACUGUAAAACACACCCUGACUACUGCAACCAGCACGGACAGUGCAGUAAUAUGAAGACUGGGCCCAAUUGUGUUUGUGAUUCGUCUCCACUGGUGCAGUACCAGGGCCAGCAGUGCGAGAUGUUCCAGAGGGGCGCAGGGUUCUACGGACUACUCUUCGGCGUGCUGGGGGCCGCACUGCUGCUCUUCAUCGCUCUCAUAGUGGCUGUGCUGGUUCUGAAGAGGAGGAGGAAGGGGGAACAACAGUUCAGCAGCAAUUUACAUAAUAGAAGGUUUAUGUUUCCUAAUGAAGACUUUUUCAACUUUUCAAACACAGACUUGAUCAACAGAGAUCCAGAGUCGACAGGAUUGUCUGGGAGAGCUGGACGGUACGACCUGGAUGACCACCAGAUCUUUCCCAAUGCACCAAAUCGAGGAUCAUUCAGGCCUUUGCCAGAAAACCCUUACAAAUCAUCAAAAAUGAGAUUCGAGCAUCCAGAGGGGCUACCUUCAUCGACUGACCAAUAG